CCAAUUGCCGAGUAGAUUUCUUGCAUUUGCAUUUUUUAAAAUUCUGGAGCGACCCUUCUGUUUGAACAUUACGUGAAAUUGCCUUCUCUAAAAUUUUAUAUAGUGCCACCCAGUCCUCGACCUCGAGCCAUUUGUUGUUUGAAAACGAACGGGAGCAAUAAUGCCAGAGUCGACUAUCUUAGAAAGUUAUAUCAUUUUUAGUGAAACAAAUUCUCAGAUGGUCAAGGCUUUGAGUUAUGGAAUUGCUAGUAUAGGCUUGGCAAUUGCACUCUAUCGAGUCAAACCUUUUGCUAAAUUUAGAAAACCAUCCAGUAUACCAUCAAAUUUUUUACAUAAGAAAGUUCAACUUAAAGGUACUGUGAUGCGUAUAGAACCUAGUUGUGAUAUACUUUUAAUGGUUGAUCACAAGCCAUUAAUACCUCUGCCUCGAUUAAGUAGUUCAAAAUACUUACCAAUUAAAAUAGCUGGUGUUGAUGUAAGAGCUAAUGGUAUAAGCUGGUUGCAAACUAUUCUAAGUGGAAAAGAAAUAACUUUCAUACCUUUAGUUAAAGAGAAAGACUAUGUAACUUGCUUAGUAUCUAUGAAGCAAAAUAAGGAAUAUAUAAAAAUUGGUGAGGAAUUAACAAAAGUUGGUUUUGCUAUGGUAACAAAAGAUGUGCCAUACGAUAAAGACAUCUUAAGUUAUCAUAAGCGUUUAUUGAAAGCACAAAAAUGGGCAGAAAGUAAUAGAAAUGGAGACUGGCAUUUUAUUAAAAAUCCUACUCUAUUGUGGAGAAUACAACAGAAUUUGAAUAAUAAAUUGAAGUCAGUACUGCCUACAUUUAUAGUGCGGCAACUUAAUAUUUAAUUACAAUUUUUUAACUUUCUCUUAAUUUUAAAUCUUAAUGUGAAUAAAGCUAAUAUAUGUUUUUGUAAUAUAUUAAAAAUAUUUAUUGUAGUAGUAAAUAGACAGUAGUACUUAAAAAUAUGUAUAAUAUGUACUUAAAAAUUUUGAAUUAUUUCUGGAGA